GGCGCCCGGCCCGGUGUGGCGGCCCUGAUGGCGGCGGGGCCGCCCGUGGCCUACGUGUACAGCCCGGAGUACGCGGCCCUGUGCGAUUCCCUGUGCAAAGUGCCCAAACGGGCCAGCAUGGUGCACUCGUUGAUCGAGGCGUAUUCCUUGCUCGACCACAUGAUGAUAAUCAAGCCCAAAGUGGCUUCCAUGGAGGAGAUGGCAAGCUUCCACACAGAUGCUUACCUGCAGCACCUGCAGAAGGUCAGUGAGGAGGGGGAUGAUGACCACCCAGAAUCUGUGGAGUAUGGACUGGGUUACGACUGUCCGGCUACUGAAGGGAUCUUUGACUACGCAGCAGCCGUGGGGGGAGCCACCAUCACUGCAGCCCAGUGCCUGCUGGAUGGCAAGUGCAAGGUAGCAAUUAACUGGCCUGGAGGGUGGCAUCACGCAAAGAAAGAUGAAGCUUCUGGCUUUUGUUACCUGAACGAUGCUGUCCUGGGCAUCCUGCGGCUGCGCCAGAAAUUUGACCGCAUCCUUUACAUCGAUUUGGAUUUGCAUCACGGGGAUGGUGUUGAAGAUGCCUUUAGCUUCACCUCGAAGGUCAUGACUGUUUCCCUGCACAAGUUUUCGCCAGGAUUUUUCCCAGGCACAGGAGAUGUGACAGAUGUUGGCCUGGGGAAAGGUCGCUAUUACAGUGUGAAUGUGCCUAUCCAGGAUGGCAUCCAGGAUGAGAAAUAUUACCAGAUCUGUGAGACCGUGCUGAAGGAGGUGUAUGCUGCCUUCAGCCCUGAGGCAGUGGUGCUACAACUGGGGGCUGACACCAUUGCUGGAGACCCCAUGUGCUCCUUCAACAUGACACCUGAGGGAGUGGGCAAGUGCCUGAAGUACGUCCUGCAGUGGCAGCUGGCAACUCUCAUCCUGGGAGGAGGAGGCUACAACCUUGCCAACACAGCCCGCUGCUGGACGUACUUGACUGGGGUCAUCCUUGGCAGAUCUCUGUCCUCUGAGAUCCCUGAUCAUGAGUUCUUCACAGAGUAUGGUCCUGACUACGUGCUGGAGAUCACACCCAGCUGCAGGCCGGACCGCAACGAGCCACAGAGAGUUCAAGAAAUUCUUAACUUGAUCAAAGGCAAUCUGAAGCACGUGGUUUAGUGGAGAAGGGAAGGCUCAGGUUCCUGUAACAGCAUUGCUCUGUUGGAGAGAUGUUUCCAGAGCAGCUGAUGACAUUUGUGGCUGCAGGAGGAAUAUGAAGAGGUUACUGUUGGUUCGUUGGUGAAUCCAUUUCUCUUUAAAAAAGCAAAGCCUGCUGUGUGCCAUGGAUCUCCAUGGGUGGGAGAGCGUGCCCUCCAGCCACAGGUUUCCCAGGCCAGCAGAGCCUCUCUUGCUCAUCUCUCUUCCCUUUUUUAACAUGGUUAAAGAUUAUUCUCACAACUGGUUUUAAAUGUUUUUUAAGAGACAGGCCACUGCAAGCUGUGUUUUAAACUGAUGGGCAUUUUUUUUUCCCACAUAAAAUAUUUGAAAUACUCCA